ACUUGCUCACGAAUUGUUCGCAAUGACGUUGUUUAUUUAGGCUAGUAAGGAAUGGGCCAAAGACAAAAGAAAUUAUAAAUGGGCCAGGGGAUUUAUAAAAGCCCAUAAUAUUGAACGGAAGUUAACUAACGGCGUUAAAACUUCGAUCUCGGUUUUUUAAAUUUUUUUUUAAAAAAAAAAGGAGUUUUCCCCUUUUCUUCUCCAACGGCUCCUUCAUUCCUUUGGAUCGUCUCUCAGUUCGUUUCUUCUCUUUUUUUUUUUUGUCUCCUUCCCAUUUUCUCGCAGAUCGAUCGAUUCAUUGAUGAAAUCUCUGUUUUGAAGAUUCAAUAGUUUCCGAGAUUCAGUAAAGAUGGAGAAGAAGGUUUGUGAAGAGCUUGAUGAAGUGAAAGCCGCGAAUGAGAAGCUUAGUAUUGACUAUAGAAACAAAACGGAGCUUCUUGAAAAUCUAAACAAGGUCCACAAGGAACAAUUAGCUGAGAUUCGAGAGGCGAGAUUGGUUAACGAGAAGCAGUGUUUUGAAAUCGAGGAGAAGACAAGACUUGUUUCUGAGUUGGAGCGAGCAAAAGAGGAUCUGCAACGUUGUUUGAGAGAGAAAGACUCUGUUCUCAAGCUUGUGAAUGUUGCUAAUGAUAAGCUUAGAGCUAAAGGGCAAGAUAAGUACCGGGAGUUCCAAGAGGAGAAGCGGAGUAUGAUGUCUGCUUUGGAUGAAGCUACUGAGAAGAACAUUGAUCUGGAGCAGAGAAACAAUGUCUACAGGGCUGAGAUUGAGGGGCUCAAAGGGCUUUUAGGUGCAGCCGAGAAGAAAAGGAUUCAAGUUGAGAAAACUGUUGAAGCUAUGAAAGAAACUAGAGGGAGAGAUGAUGUGGUGAUUAAAGUGGAAGAAGAGAAGACUCAAGUAGAAGAGAAGCUCAAGUGGAAGAAGGAGCAGUUCAAGCAUCUUGAGGAAGCAUAUGAGAAGCUUCAAAAUCUGUUCAGGGAUAGCAAGAAAGAGUGGGAGGAAGAUAAAUCAACGCUUCUGGAAGAUAUCUACUCUCUUCAGACCAAACUAGAUUCAGUAACUAGAAUCUCAGAGGAUCUUCAGAAGAAGUUGCAGAUGUGUAACUCUGCGCUGACACAAGAAGAGACCAGAAGAAAACAUCUUGAAAUCCAAGUUUCAGAAUUCAAAACCAGAUACGAAGAUGCUUUUGCAGAGUACCAAGACGCUAGAACACAACUUGAUCAUUUGGCUGGCAAAAGAGAUGAGGAAGUUGCAGAGUUGAGACAAUCCUUGAGCAUGAAGGAGACGUAUCUUAAAGAGAUGAAGUAUGAGAAUGGAAAACUGGAACAAGAAAACCACGAGUUGCUUGGUUCAUUGAAAGAACUCCAGGAAGCUACUAUUCAGGGAUCAGGAAGUUCUGCAUUAUCGAAACUGAAAAACAAGUUUCGGAACUUGGAAAACAUUCAUAAGACCUGUUCAGCUAACUUGAGAAGCAAAGAAGCUGAAUGGAGUUCUCGACUGGAGAAGAUGGCAGAAGACAAAAAUGAUCUUCAGUUGCGGUUGCAAAGCAAGGAGGCAGCACUGAAAGAUGUCGAGUUGGAACUUGAAAACUGUCACUCUUCUGCAGCUAAAAUGAGACUACAGCAUGAAGAGGUCUCGGUUAUGUAUCUAGUACUAAGUAGAACAGUCUCCGAGGCUCAGUCAAGGCUUGCAAAUGUUGAGGAUGAACAAAUCAAGGAUGAGAAAAGAGAAGAAAAGAGCUAUUCCCUAUUGAUGGAGCAGCUAGAUCAAAAGAAUGCUGCGCUGGCCAAGGCGCAUCUAGAGAUUGAAGAAGAAUGGGAAAGGGUCGCAUGCUUACUGAAAAGAAUAGACAUGCUGGAUCUUUUUGAAGAUCAGAAUAUUCAGAUGGAAAAAGAAGUAGAGAGGUACAAAGCAAUGGUUGAGGAAUCCUCUAGAUUCCAAACACAGAUGAAACAAAAACUAAAAGAGGCUGAAAAUGAUUAUGAAGAGAAACUUCUACAAGUCUGUGAUGCACUGGACAACACAAACUCAGAUCUCGUUGCAGAACGUGAGAAAGUGGUGGCUUUAACAAGGCAGAUUGAGUCCUUUGGUUUUGUCAAAGAGAAGAAUUUAGUGUUGGAAAAAGAAAUUCAGAAGUAUAAGGAGAUGCUUGAGGAAUCACACAAGUGUCGGGUGCUUUUAGAGGAGCAGAUUUCGCAGCUUGAAAGUGAUUCCAAGGAGAAUAUUAGAGAACUCUGCAGCAAGGUGGACAUUGCCUAUGCCAAGUUGGCAGAAGAGGUUGAGAAGACUGCCUCAUUGGUUAAAAAAAGUGAGGCCAUUGAUCUAAACGAAGAGCAUAGGCAACAAGAGCUUGAUAAAUACAAGGAGAGGCUCGAGAAGUCUACCAAAAGUCAACUUCUCUUGCAAGAGAAAGUCGUAGAGGUGGAGAACGACUCGAAACGGAAACUUGCUGACGUUUCUGAGGCCCUAGAAACAGCAAAUUCUGAAUUAUCUGAUAAAACCUCUGAAGUGUACCAGAUUGAAUUCCAAUUGUGGAUCUGGAAAUCUAUUGCUAAAAGGCUGAAAGCUGAACUAGAGCAAAACCAGAACCUACGCAAAAGAGUAGAGGCUUCUCUUCUUGAACAGGUUGGAGUUGGAGAAGCCAUAAUGCGAGAGAGGAAUGAGCUUAUGCAUAAGCUAAAGGCUAUCAGCUCUGCAAGAUCGUCUGACUCGGAGAUAGAAACACUUAUGAGGGAUAAGGACGAUAUGUUGGAAAACCUACAAAGAGAGGUAGAGUUGUUGGAACAAGAAUCACUUAGAAGGGAGCUUGAGGAUGUCGUUAUUGCGCAUAUAGUUACUGAAAGGGAACUGCAGAAAGAGAGAGAGAUUUUUGCAGGUGCUUUACAACAGAAAGACCAGGACUUGCGGGAGGUGAAGCAUAUAUUGGAGGGUUCAUUCAAGUCUGUAUCUUUGCAACUGGAGGAGGAGCAAAACGAGGUUAACAUGCUCCACAAAGCAUGGGAGAAACUCGCUGCUACGCAGAUUCUUACCGCGGUAGAAACUGAAUCAAAAAAGAUGAUGAUCAUAGAGCUUGAAGGGGAAAUCUUUAGUCUCAGCCAGAAAAUCAAAACAUCAGGUGAAUAUGCUUCUUGUUUCAGACAAGAAGCAACCAAGUUAGGAGCUGAACUGGAAACUAAGCAGAGAGAGUUGGAAGAAGUAACCACACAAAUGCAGGCGAUGCUAAAAACCUCAGAAGCGGAAAAGACAGAGCUAUUAAAGGAAGUUGCGAGUUUGUCAUCAGAAAAACGAAAUCUUUUGAGUUUUAUCAGCGAAGUAGAGGAUGGAAUGUUGAAGCUGUGUGAUGGAGACACGAAGCUGAUGAAAACUUUGGAGAGAGUUACACAAUGUUGUGAUGAAUUUGGUAAAGAGAACAACAAUGGCGAAACUAUUGGUUCUCCAAGAUUGGCAAUGAAGCAUGACGAUGCUGUAAUUGAAGAAGAAAGGUCACCUUUUAGACAGCUUAACCAUUAGUUUGAUUGAUUCCACAGAAGAGAUAGGGAGGAUUUUUUUCUCUCUUAGAAAACUUUGUUUUUAGUGUUGAUGUAUCUUGAAGCUUUUUAACGAAACCCUUUACGCUGGACAGAGGUUUCGCUCGUGUAAUAAACAAACGUGUUAGCUUU